AUGCGAAAAACUAAAUGCGAGACUCUGUGCAUACGCGGAUCCCGAUAGCGGAGGCAUUAUACCUGAAUCCGAUGCACAGCGAGCAUUCUUUACCGCUAUCUACAGGAGGCCGCCAGCAGUGAAUGGUAAUCAAAUCGAAGGCAUGACGACAAUUGGCCCUGGUUCUUCACCGCUCCCAACUGCGCGCCCACAAUAUGAAGCAGUAACUUCCCUAGCCAACUGGCUUGGCUUACACAGUCGUUAUGGGCCUCAGGUCGCGGAGUCAGAGCCAUCUAUUCAGGAUCAAGUGAAGGUCCAGCUGACAAAUGCCUUGGAUCUCAUGCUGAGGACUCGUUAUGAGAAUACAGUCAGCAUGGACGCACUUGAAAUGGAUGACUUGGACAGGGAAGCUGUCGACCCGCAUCGUAUCCAUUUCCCCCGCUUUGGACGAGCCACAUAUGCUCUUCACAUGACGAAAACUCGAAACUCGUCUGGCUACCCCGACUACAUCCUGUUUCAUGGCAGGCCCGGACGAGCCACCAAGCAAGAUAAGUGGUCGUACCCGGACUCAAGGUCCGAACCAGACAUCGGGGGCACUACUGGGGUCCAAAUUGGCAUAUCAAACCCACCUGUCCCCGAUGCCCAAGAUACUAAGAAUGUGGAGGAGGUGAAAGGCUCUGAUAAACAGGACUUACCGGCCAGAAGGCUCUUGCAGAAUAAGAGUCCUCAAAGUGCUAUGUCCUCUGGAGAAAGGAAGAGCUCGCGUAAAACAAAACAAGUCAAGGUACAGGAUCCUCCCACUGAGAACACCCCUGACAUGCAAACCGAGGUCAAUGCAAAACUCAUCUAUCGUGCCAAUUUGUGUGGUGAGGUGAAGACAUCAUGGAGUUACACGAACAAAACAUAUAGACUGGUAACAUCGGGAGAUGUCGUCAAUAAUGAUGGCACCUUCCUUUGGGAUAACAGUCUAUUGCCUGUCAAAUUGAUGAAACAGAUAUGGGGAGAGAUGUACUAUUUCCAAUGCAAUUGGGGCUUCUCCACGAAUGGCUCCAAGGUGAUGAUCUUCGUUAGGACUGGCAAAACCGAAUUAGUGAUAGGGAAGCUUAUGAACUGGGAAGAUCCGGACCUGCUGCAAACCAUGACCGGUCUUGCCUUUGCUAGCAUCGAUGAAAUGACCAGGCCUGGUCUCGGCGGUUAUCUCUGUGACGGAAGUAACAUGAACUGGAGGGUGUGGGAGUAAGCUACAAGCCGAUGAGCCGCUUACGCUGUGAAGCAAUUGUUGUCACACUGAAUUGAUGUUUGCCUCAUUUUAUUGAACCCCAUCACCGCUGCGGCACUGCUGCGUGGCCGUUCAGCGCCGCUCACCGGCCGCGAGUGUCAAUAUGCCUGCUUAGCAACAGGAAGGUAGU